GCGGGCGAAGGGGCGGACCCGGGAGACGGCCCGUUACGAAACCUUCGGGAACAGACGGCCACUCCUCGCAGGGGAGGGCCCGAGGCCCGGGGCCUGGUUCUCCAGAAGCCGCAGCCCGGGCUCGCAGCGCUCAGGUCUCUGGGGCUUCCCUUCCUGUGUCCACGGCGCUGCAGCGCGCUCCCCGGGGGCCCGCAGCCCGGUCCGCUCUCCACGCGCCCCGGGGCCUCCCCUCCCGGCCAUGUCGUCCUGCAGCCGCGUGGCGCUGGUGACCGGGGCCAACAGGGGCAUCGGCUUCGCCAUCGCGCGCGAGCUGUGCCGGCAGUUCUCGGGGGACGUGGUGCUCACGGCGCGGGACGAGGCGCGGGGACGGGCGGCCGUGCAGCAGCUGCAGGCCGAGGGCCUGAGCCCGCGCUUCCACCUGCUGGACAUCGACGACCUGCAGAGCAUCCGCGCCCUGCGCGACUUCCUGCGCAAGGAGUACGGGGGCCUCAACGUGCUGGUCAACAACGCGGGCAUCGCCUUCAAGCCUGAUGAUCCAACGCCCUUUGACAUCCAAGCUGAGAUAACGCUGAAGACAAACUUUUUUGCCACAAGAAAUGUCUGCAACGAAUUGCUGCCAAUAAUAAAACCUCAUGGCAGGGUGGUGAAUAUCAGUAGUUUAGAGGGUUCAAAGGCUCUUGAAAAUUGCAGCGCAGAUCUACAGAAGAAGUUCCAAUGUGAGACACUCACAGAGGAGGACCUGGUGGACCUCAUGAAGAAGUUUGUGGAGGAUACAAGCAAUGAAGUGCAUGAGAGGGAAGGCUGGCCCAACUCUGCGUAUGGGGUGUCUAAGCUGGGGGUCACGGUCUUAUCAAGAAUCCUGGCCUGGCGUCUGGAUGAGAAGAGGAAAGUUGACAGGAUUCUGCUGAAUGCAUGCUGCCCAGGGUGGGUGAAGACGGACAUGGGUGGGCCUUACGGCCCCAGGACUGUGGAGGAGGGAGCCGAGACCCCUGUCUACUUGGCUCUCCUGCCUCCAGAUGCUACUGAGCCUCAUGGCCAGCUAGUCCAUGACAAAGUCGUCCUAAACUGGUGAAUGUCUGCUUUGGUGCUCAAAGCUUAAUAAAUGUUUGUGGGCUGAAUGAAUGAAUGAAUGAAUGAA